ACUUACGGUUCAAACAAACUGUUAAAAAAUUUACUUCUUAUCGCUCUAAUUGGAAUUUAUCGACAAUGAAUGAAAAUAGCGACAAAGCUUCCGAAGAACAGUUGAAGUUAAUAACAGAAAAAGUGAACAAAGUUGGAAUUUUCCGAGACGAUUAUCUGUUGAACCACCCAAUUGAAGAGGCUAAUUUAAAAGAGGAAAGAGUGAGAACAUUAGUUGAGAAGACUUUAGACGAGCUAAAAGAAUACGAAACUCUCUUCGGCAAUGAUCCUCUUUUUCUGCUUGAAAAGGGUAAAUUGCUGAACAAACAUCCAGAAAUUUCUGAUGAGUGUGAAAAAGUUUUAACUAAAGUCGUUAAAUUACGGCCAGAAAUAGUAGAAGGAUGGUCCGAACUUGGAGAAUGCCUGUUUAAAUUACGCAAAUUCGAUGUUUCGAUGACAUGCUUCCAAAAAGCUGUAGAAAAGGAUCUCACUCAUACACCCAGUUUGAGGCAUUAUUCUAUGCUAUUACGACAAGUAAAAUAUAAAGAACCCGAAGACAAGGAUAAAGCAAUUAGAGAGAGCAUUGAUUGGGCUAAAAGAGCUGUGGCUAGGGAUGUUAAAGAUGGCUUUUCGUGGCUUACGCUAGCGAACGCCUAUACUGCUAUGUUCUUUGCUACACUUGACAAUGAUCAAAUUUUAAAGCAAAUUUUUACUGCUUACGAGAAAGCUGCUGCUGAUGAUCGCACUGUAAUGUGUCCUGAUUUACAUUAUAAUAAGGGAUCUAUUUUGAUGUAUGAAGAAAGAUUUCAAGAAGCUGUCGAUAGCUUUAAUCAAGCUGUACGUUUAGAGCCAUCAUGGCAGCAAGCAGAAGUUAAUGCCAAAAACAUUGUCACUUAUGUAGAUACCAUCUCUGAAUUCCUAGGGAAAAAAGGCAAACUAAAGCAAAGGCAAAUCGACAAAAUUAUGAAGUCUUUCAAAUUAUCAACUGAUUUAGGAGAAUAUAGCAAAAAUAUUACAACUCCGGCUGGAGAGACUAUUAAGCUUAAGUACCAAAAAUUUAAUGAACUUAAUGUUGGAAGAAAUGAAAAUAUAGUAAUUAUGGGAAAAGUUAUUUCUACAAUAGCUAACGAAAAUUUUUUGAACUUUACUGCCUGUUUAAUAGACGAAAAUGGAGAUUGUAUAUGCGUUACGAUAUAUAAUAGAAAAAUGUCUUGGGGACCAAAAAUUGGUGAUUCUGUAGCCAUUCCAGAUCCUUUUGUCUCAGAAAUAUCUUUAAAAACAAACGAUAAGGAGUACAAUUAUAGAAAUAUCCGAGUUGAUUGUCCGCUAAUAUUGUUGGUAAAUGGAAGAAAAGUUGGCAGAGAAAACUAUCUUUCCUCAUCAAUCUCUUUCGACGUUAAAGAUUAA